AUGCAACCACGCUCUCAACCGCCGAAGAUAGAUGAAGUUAAAAGUAGCGUCGUUCGAAUCAGUGUGAAAAACUGGGCUGAAUUUGUUUCAGAAUUUUCCAAACAAUAUUUGAACCUGAACUGUCAAGGUUCAAAAUAUUUAAAAGUAAAUAAAAUGUUGACACCAAUGAUCGAUGCAUCAGCCAGUGAAUAUUGGUUGUUUCACGGAUGUUCAAAACAAACUGUUUGCAAACUCACACAUGAAGGUUACGAUCCUCGUGUAUCCAACUUGGAUGGAAUGUUCGGAGGAGGAUUUUAUUUAGCAGCAAAUUCAAGUAAAUCAAAUCAAUAUAUAAUGUGUCCCAAUUGUAAAAGAAAUUCAAUAUUUACUGGUAUCAGGUGUAAAUGUCGAAAUCAAGAAGAAAUGGAAUUUCAAAUAUUAAUCUAUCGUGCCCUGCUUGGUGAUUUGCAUAUUGUAGUAGAUUACGAUCCAAAGAAGUACCGUGGUAAGGGAAAAGAUCGGAUACGCCGAGCACCAAUUAAAGCAAACAACAAUAAUGUGUAUGAUUCAGUUCUGGCUGAAAAACAAAAGUAUGGUGGUAAUAAACUGAAAUACCGUGAGAUUAUUUUAUAUGAAUCAUAUCAAGCUUAUCCAGAAUAUGUUGUUACCUUUAAACGAUCAGCUGCGAAUGUUCGAGUACCAGCUUGUGGUGAUGAUUUAUUAAAUAAAUGUUAUGAUUUCCUUACAAAUAGAGCUGAAUGA